AUGGCAAAUAUAAAAAGGGAGGCCGAUGAAGCGUUGGAGAAUGAACCACUCACUAAAAGACUGAGGAAUAAUCGAGAAGAAGUGAGCAGUAGUAACCUUAAUAAUAAUAAUAAUAAUAAUAAUAAUAAUAACGAUGAGGAUGGUACUGCUGCUGGUAAUACCACUACAAAAAAAGAGAAUAAUGAUGAUGAAGAUGAAGAUGAGGAGGAUGAGGAGGAAGAUGAAGAAGGAAAAAGAAGAGAUGAGGAGGAAGAAGACGAGGAAGAGAAAAAACGGAUCAUGACUUUCUGGUUUGAAGGCGAACAACAUACUUUUAAAGAACGACCAUCAGUUAUCGAAGAACGUGAAAACAAGAUCGUAUUCCGGGUGGUGAACAACGAUACCAGCAGGGAUAAUAUGAUCAUUCUUACGGGGUUGAAAAACAUUUUCCAGAAGCAAUUACCAAUGAUGCCCAAAGAGUAUAUUUCCAGAUUAGUCUACGAUCGAACCCAUGUGUCGAUUGCCGUAGUACGGAAACCAAUGACGGUGGUAGGUGGUAUUGCUUAUCGACCUUUUGAAAGCCGAGGAUUUGCAGAAAUUGUGUUUUGUGCCAUCAGUUCCACCGAACAAGUCAGAGGGUACGGGGCCCAUUUGAUGAAUCAUUUGAAAGAUUUCGUAUUGAACACCACCAAGAUCAAGUAUUUUUUGACCUAUGCCGACAAUUACGCCAUUGGAUACUUCAAAAAACAAGGGUUCAGUGAAGAAAUCACUUUACCGCCUUCGGUAUGGAGAGGGUAUAUCAAAGAUUACGAAGGGGCGACAUUACUACAGUGUACCAUGCUACCGAAAAUACGAUACUUGGAUAGUUCCAAAAUAUUGCUAUUGCAAAAAAUCGCGGUGAUGAAGAAAAUCAAAGCGAUCAGUAAAUCCAAUGUGGUUAGACCCGGGUUAAAAGCGUUCAUGGAUCAUCCCAAUGGCUUUAAAAUAGAUCCGUACGAUAUCCCAGGAAUUAAAGAAAGCGGCUGGACCCCAGAAAUGGAAGAGAUUGCCAAAAAGAAGGAAACUAGCCAUCAUUAUCCGGUGAUGAAGCAGAUCUUGUUAGAACUUCACAACUUCCCGUCAUCUUGGCCAUUCAGGACCCCAGUUAGUAAAACCGACGUUCCUGAUUAUUACGUGCAAAUCAAAGAGCCCAUGGACCUCGAAACCAUCCAAAAUAAAAUCGAAAAUGAUAAGUAUGAGAAGUUCGAGGAUUACGUGCAUGAUGUGAAGUUGGUGUGCAGUAAUGCCAGAAUUUAUAACGAUAAAAGUACUCCGUAUUACAAGAACGCCAAUAAAUUGGAGAAAUUCUUUAUUUCAAAAGUCAAGGAACUACAGGAGUAUGCAAAAUACGUUGAAUGA